UGUACGAGCUUCAUUUUAUUUUCGAUUAGGGGCGGGCUUGAGUUUACAUCCCUAAUUAAUUAGGUUUUUGUUGGAUGAUUCGGUUGUUUGCUUCUUCAUUGAGCAAGGCAUCCAUUCAUAGUUUUUUAUGGGCCUUUAUUUCGUUUCGUAUAUAUAAUUUAGAUCUUUUGCGCUUUGUUAAUCCUCGGGCCACCGCGUUGGCUUGACUCUGCCGUCUUCGAGUCUCCUCCGACCUUCCCAAAUCAAAAACAGGAACACUCUUCUCCGAUCCCCUGCCACACGUAGCGGCGCGUGAACCUCUGUCUUCCCAUCUCAUUCGUUCUGCCAUAAAUUGGAACACAGACUGGGAAAGAUUAGAGAAAACAGAAAGAGGGAUAUACAUGGGGGAUCUUUAUGUUUGGCUCAUCUCCUUCUUCCUCCUUAUUGCCCUUCUCGCUCUUGUUGUUUUCCAGCUGAUGUGCUUAGCAGAUCUAGAGUUUGAUUAUAUCAACCCUUAUGACUCUUCAACACGGAUUAACAGAGUGAUUUUACCCGAGUACAUCACAGAAGGAGUAUUAGGUGCCAUCUAUCUUGUAACAGGGCAUUGGAUCAUGGCAUUAUUUACUGGUCCAUACCUCUAUUAUAACGUGACACUGUAUAUGAGUAACAGGCACCUCGUUGAUGUUACUGAGAUAUUCAAUAUGCUCCCCAAAGAGAAGAAGCAACGACUCUUCAAACUCUUCUAUCUUGUUUUCCUUCUCUUUCUCUCGAUAUUCUGGAUGAUUCUAACUGCAUUGGAAGACCACGAGUAACACGGACAAUUGCUGCAUCAACUGACUGGUUACAGGAACUCUUCAGUUUGUUGCCACUAAAGUUGCUCUUUACAACUUCUAUUCCCAUCACCACUGAUGUAAUUUAUGCGACUUCCAUUGAUGUUGUAUAAUUAUUGGAUGGCAGUUUUCCUUAGUACAGCUCCGUGACAUUCUUUUCAACCCCUUGUAGCUGUAGUUCAAGAAUUCAUGAUUAUGUAAUCUUAGUAUUCUUAGGUUGUCAGGUUGAAGCAAUCUAGAUUUGUUGAAUAAAUCUAUUUAUGCAGACGGUUCUUUUCUGUUUUCA